AUGGGACACUCUGGCAUAGCCGGUCGAUUCAAGCCGGCUUCCCCUCCGGGUAGCCUCCCUCCCACUUCCACUCUCAGUUCCAAAUGUUCGAUCAAUAAGCCAAGCCCAAAGGGAAACUUCGUCUGCAAGGAGUGUGGCAAUGAUAAAUGGACCAAUCAAUCUGCUCUCUCCCGACACGAGAGGACCCACAAGGAUAAUAAAGAUAGGCAGUAUCAGUGUACUCUGUGCCCUAUGGGAUUUACCCAGAAAACUGCUCUAUCUACUCAUUUUAACACGCACUCUGGUGCACGUCCUCAUCGGUGCCGUGCUGGGUGUGACCGAUCAUUCUCUGAUCCAUCCUCCCGUGGGCGACACGAGAACGAGAUUCAUAACCCCGCACAUGGGUUCAAAUGUCUUCGUCCUGGCUGUAACGAAUCAUUUAAGCGCAAAGGCAUGUUUGGGGACCAUAUGGUCAACGCCCAUGCGUGGCCUAAUAAGGAGUCGAUCAGUCCGGCCGUCUUCACAGCUGCCAAAGCCAAAUGUGCAGAGGACUACAGGGCGGCUAAUGGGAAUCAAACGGCCAGCUCAAAUAUCUCUAACCAAAACGCCGGUGCUAAUACGAGUGACUUUGACGACGAUGGCUCUCUGGCAGCACCAGUCAAAAGAUCUAAUUUUAACCGGAAACACUUGCGUUCCGACUCUACAUCUUCGGACGAUUUCAAGCCUCCCCCUACGAAGAAGCAUCUCUCGCGGCGUAACGCAGUGGCCUCCAUCACUUCUUUCAGUCCUCAGGAUGCUGAUAAUACCCGUCUGGGUCACCAACGCAGUGGUCCAGACGAUCGCGGCAUCACCACCACCACCACCACCACCACCACCAAGAACAACCCGAUUGCCGACGCCUUUUUGAGUUGCUAUCAGCCGGGUCCUCACGCCGCUUCUCCUUAUACCGACGCCAUAAGCCGUGUGCAAAACAAUUCAACUUCCCCAGCACACUCUGUAAUCGGCGAAUAUAGUACCGCACAGCUGGGAGGAGCCACCCCCAACACAGUAUCGAAUGCUGCUAGUUAUGAAUCCUCUUCCGAAAACUCUGUGCUCCCUGAGACACAUUGGCCCACGACUUCGUACGAACACCCAUGGCCUCUCGAGAAUGACAUGCUUCGGGCGUCUCAUGGUACCGAUGUAAAGUCAGUUUAUACUAGGGCACGUGAGGAUAUCUAUCAAGGCAACACUGUACCGCAGAAUCGUUUGGAGAUGUUCUACACCACCACCACUAGCAAUAUCUACCCGCCCAUAGGCGAGUACCAAGCCAAACCUCCAUCUGGGUCAUCAUCCUUGAAUCUGGACUACGGUCAGGCUGCUAUCAAUGCAUUUCGAGAUCGUCAGGUACUUGUAAGGGCCCCCAGCGAUUACAGUGUCUCAUCUCAUUCGGAUUCGAACAGUCAAGGCAUGCUUGAGUCCAAUUGCAAGCCACUAGAUGGUGUCGCCGACCGUAACUUGCAUAUCCCCCGAUCCGUAACUGGCCAUGGCGGACGUUUGUACUAUUAG